GCGGGGCUUAGUGUUCUGGCGGAGCAGCCUGUGGAUCAGAGAGAGAGCUGAACAUGGCGGAGGACGGUGUGAGAGCCCGAGCCGGAGCAGGACCUGGAGCUCAGGUGAGCGAUGAGGAGAGCCGCAGUACACCUGCCCCCCGCUCCCAGCCCCGCUCCGGUCUCUUCCUCCUCAGACUGCUCAGCUCCGUCUUCUACGCGCUCAGCUCCUUCCUCAUCGUGGUGGUGAAUAAAAGCGUCCUGACCAACUACAGGUUUCCAUCAUCAUUAUGUGUUGGAAUCGGACAGAUGUUGGCGACAGUGUGUGUGUUGUGGUCAGGAACCCUGAGACUCAUCCACUUCCCGGAUUUGGACAGAAACAUUCCUCACAAGACAUUCCCCCUUCCCCUUCUGUAUGUAGGUAAUCAGCUCACCGGCCUCCUGGGAACUAAACAAGUCAAUUUGCCGAUGUUUACUGUGCUCAGGAGAUUUUCCAUCCUUUUCACCAUGUUAGCAGAGAGCUACCUACUCAGGAGGACGUUUGAGUGGAGUGUACAUUUAACAGUAUUCACUAUGAUAUUAGGAGCAUUUAUUGCUGCCAGUACAGAUUUGACCUUUGACCUUCAGGGCUACACGGCUAUCACAGUCAAUAACCUUUUAACUGCAGCUAACGGCGCUUACAUGAAGAAGAAACUCGACUCCAAGGAGCUGGGGAAGUUUGGUCUGCUGUAUUAUAAUGCUUUAUUCAUGAUCAUCCCCACUGUGUGUGUAGCGUACUACACUGGAGACCUGCAGCAGGCUGCAGGUUUCGAUGGUUGGACAGAUUUAUUCUUCCUCACUCAGUUUAUUUUUUCCUGUGUGAUGGGGUUUGUCCUCAUGUACUCUAUUGUGUUGUGCACACACUACAACUCUGCUCUGACCACCGCUAUCAUCGGCUGUGUGAAGAACAUCAUGGUAGCGUAUGUGGGGAUGGUGUUUGGAGGUGAUUACAUCUUCACCUGGUUGAACUUCAUCGGCUUAAACAUCAGCAUUGCUGGGAGUCUGGUUUACUCCUACAUCACCUUCACCCAGCAGGGAGUCUAGAGUUCCUGCUGAAGAGGACAGAUGCUGUGUGAGAACCAUGAAGUCAUAAUGAGUGUGCGUGUGUGUGCAUGUGUGUGCGUGUGUGUGUGUGUGUGUGUGUGUGUGUCUGUGUGUGUGUGUGUGUGUGUGUGUGUGU